AAUUUUAAAAAAAUAAUUGACUAUUCUGACUUCAGAUUAAUCAGAUUUCCAUAUUAUGCAGUAGAAAACAAAAAAUGUAGGUAACUAUUCCCAUAUAAACAAGUAUCUAUCAGUUGUAAAAGAAAUUGUGCAUCACCAUGUCGACGUGUCGUCAAGCCUUGCUUCUAUCUUCGUCCAAUUGUCACGGAUACACUUUACUUGAAUUUGCUAAACAGGAGAUAUGUAAUUUUCUGAAAAAAAACAAUGUGUCUGAACUCAUUUUUGUACCAUAUGCCCAAAAUGAUUUUAAUGGCUAUACAGCAAAAAUAAAAGAAGUAAUAGACCCUUGGGGGUUUACGGUAACUGGCCUGCAUACAUAUCCUGAUGCUGCAAAUGCUGUUAACUCUGCCAAAGCAAUUUUCGUGGGAGGAGGAAACACUUUUUUGCUUUUGAGUAGACUGUACGAAAAGGGGCUGGUAAGCAUUAUUAGAAAAAAAGUUGAUGAGGGAAGCUUGGCAUACAUAGGAAGCAGUGCAGGCACAAAUGUUGCUACAAAGAGUAUUCAUACAACAAAUGACAUGCCAAUUAUUUAUCCACCAACAUUUGAUGCCAUUGGCAUUGUUCCAUUCAAUAUAAACCCACACUAUAUAGAUAAAGUUGAAAAUGAAAAGCACAAAGGUGAGACAAGAGACCAAAGAAUAAAUGAAUACAUGGAAAUGGAACAUGCUGCUCCUGUUCUGGGACUACGAGAAGGAGCUAUGUUACAAGUGGAUGGAGCAAGUUUAAUGUUGAAGGGUGUUGCUGGAGCAGUUUUAUUUAAAAAGUAAGACAAAUAUAGCCAUAAAUAUGUGAUUAUGUGAUGGGCAAGGGGUAUUAAAAACAUGUUUAUACUACUAUGAAAGUGCAAUCCCCUAGCAUACAUACCAGAACUUGAAAAAAAUUACUGAAAUUAACCCACUUAUUAAAACUAAACAUUUUUGGACCACACCAUAAACUCACAAUGUUCCAGAAUUAAAGUAAAUGCAAAAACAGCAUGGAAUUACAAAUAAUUUCAUCUGUUAAUCCAUUUAGGUUAAAAGCUAGGCCAGUCAGCAUUCCUUUGAGACACUUAUUUAUGGACAAAGCUGCCUCAAUCCAAGGCCCACACUCAUUAUAUAUAAGUUUUAAGACACUUAGCACUGCCUUAAUCGCUCACAACCAUAAAGCAAGAGUACCAUUUUAUUAAACUAUUGUAAAUUUUGAGUAUAAAUGAAAUGCAUGGAUAAGUUGCCUCAAACUUGCCCCACAUGACAAUCUAAAAUCUAAUAGGAGUUAAGAAAAUUCGACUGCUUAUUAUAAGUAGCAAUUAAUAACCAUAGAGGUGUCUCAAACCCAUGUCUGUGUAAACUGAUCAAUGUCUUAAACUUACCUCUUAUAAAUUAUGGGAUUCCGCGAAAGUGUGCAAAAGUUAAGAUGGUACAGAUAGUGAUUUGACGCAGACACAAAUAUCGACUCGCCCCUACGCAAAACCGCGCAGAAAAAAUUUUGUUUCAUAUCAAGGCACAUCUCACCUAAGGAACCCGACACCACCCCUAAUAGGACAAAUACGGCCACUGCAGUGUUUCGGUUAGUUUG